AUGAUUGAUUAUCUCUAUCGUGAUGACUAUGAUGACACUUCCGAGCUCACUAUCGAAGAACAAAACCGAAGCUCCCCGGAGCAAUUAAAUCUAACCCAUCAGUGGAAAGACGCUUUCUUUAUUCAACUUGUUAAGUAUGUCUAUGGGCCGCAUGCUCCUGCAAAUUUGAAUUUGCAGGAUACAGUAGCAACAUUUACCACCCGACAUAUUUCCACUCUCAAAGAAUUACAAAGCUUUCACGAAAUCUGCAAGAAGUCCCCUCAUUUUAUCUACAAAUUCUCAACUUUGUUGAUGGAAAGGGUGGUACAACUGGAGACGGAAUUAUGGUAG